UUCUGAAUUCAGGAGUAGCUUGCAAGGAAUUUGCACAAAAAAAGUUUCAUAAACAUGUAAUCCACUACAUUCCAGGCGUGCAUUGCAAGGAUAAUUGAGGUGGGUCAAUCUCAAAAUCCUUACUUUAGCUGUCAAAAACAUGGCCACCAUCUUCACUAAACUCUCUGAAAUAAGACAAGAACAGUGAUUUUAAUACUUCCAAACUCAAAGCUCUGGAAUCAUAGACAGACUUCGCAUGUGAUUUAUCUGGAAUCAAGCCAACUGGGUUACGUUAAUAUUGGAUACUCACUGCACAAAAUCACUUGGGAGCAAUAGAUCAGAAGAUGAUGACGCUUUUCUCACUCAGUGGGUCCACGCACUCCCACCCCAGAGUCCCAGACCCAGUAUUUUCAAUGUCAAUUAAAUUAUUAUGAAUUUCAUCGACUCUGGUCUGGAGAGAGAGAGCAGAGGAGAGUCAAGAGGGUUUUCAUGAACAACUGCGUGCCGUCCCUCUCAGUCUUCACUCACUCUUCUCUACUGAAUAAUGUGUUAGUAUAAGCUUUAAGCACUCGCUCUCUCUCUCUCUCUCUCUCUCUCCAUCUCUGUGGGCUCGACUUUUUUUCUCCAGCCUCAACAAUGGGAGUGUACGUACAGGCCUUCUUGUUGUCAGUGCUAGGAUUUCUCCUAAUGAAGGUCCCUUCAAUAAUGGCAGAUUGCCCCUUAGAUUUGAGGGGUUCAAACUUUACUCUAGCGGCCUCUGCAUGCUCCAAUAAAGACGAGAGGGGAAAGUGCUGCCGCUAUAUUAAUACUUUUGUUGCCCUUUCUAUUGCUCGUUAUGCAAAUGCAACUGGCAGCUUAGGGGUUCCUUCAAACAUAUCUGACAUUUGCCUCAGUUCUAUAUCACAAACCAUGGAACUCUAUGGUGUUCCUCGAAAUGCAACAGCUUUUUGUGGUUUUGGGACAAAAAUUCCAGUAAAUUAUGAGUGUAAGGGUCGGACAAGUGUCACACAAAUGCUGCUAUCGCCAAAGUUUGAAGAUGUUACGGAAAACUGUAAAGUACCCCUUUCAGUGGAAAGUAAAUGCAAGAAGUGUGUAAAUGCUGGAAUCACAUACCUUCAUCAUUUGUUGGGGGCCACUGAAGAUAAUGUGACAUUUAGUACAUGCCGUGAUGCUACUUUUGCUGCACUUGCAAGCCAAAUGGACGAUGGUUCAGCUGUUGAAAUUGCAAGCUGCUUUUUUGGAGUUGAAGGGCUUAACAUACCUCCAGUUUCACAGCCACCUUCCUCGCCAUCGGCCCCUGAGGCUUCUCCCAGUCCAUUGAUUGCCGCUAGUCCAAACCACCUUAUGUCGGGUCCACACCUGAAUGAAGGUCAUCAUCACUACCACCUCACAUUAAUCCCGGGUAUAGGUAUCACUGUUACAGCAGUUGCUCUUAUAAUGCUCGUUGUCUUGAUUAUACUUAUACGUCAAAAAAGCAAAGAGCUUGAAGAUCCAGGGAAUUUAGAUGGGAUUUCAUCAAAAGUUUUGCAUCCUUCGCGGCCUACAAGGAAAUUUCAAGAAGGUCCAUCAAUGUUUCGAAAAUUUAGCUACAAGGAGAUAAAGAAGGCUACAGACAAUUUCGACAUUAUCAUUGGACAAGGGGGGUUUGGAACUGUAUACAAGAGUCAGUUUGCUGAUGGUUUAGUGGCAGCAGUGAAGAGGAUGAACAAAGUUUCAGAGCAGGCUGAGGAUGAAUUCUGCAGAGAGAUAGAACUUGUUGCUAGAUUGCAUCAUCGUCAUCUUGUUUCUCUAAGAGGCUUUUGCAUUGAAAAGCAUGAGAGGUUUCUUCUGUAUGAAUAUAUGUCGAAUGGAAGCUUAAAGGAUCAUCUUCAUUGUCCAGGAAAAACCCCUUUGAGUUGGCAGAUCAGAAUCCAAAUUGCCAUUGAUGUGGCUAAUGCCCUGGAGUACCUUCAUUUCUAUUGUGAUCCACCGCUAUGCCAUAGGGACAUUAAAUCCAGCAACAUUUUGCUUGAUGAGAAUUUUGUUGCUAAGGUUGCAGAUUUUGGCCUUGCGCAGGCCUCAAAAGAUGGGUUUGUAAGCUUUGAACCGAUAAAUACUGAUAUCCGGGGGACUCCAGGUUACAUGGAUCCCGAGUAUGUGGUCACUCAAGAGCUCACUGAGAAGAGUGAUGUAUAUAGCUAUGGGGUGGUACUGUUGGAGAUCAUAACUGGAAGACGAGCUAUUCAAGACAGCAAGAAUUUGGUAGAAUGGUCUCAAACAUUCAUGGAACCAGAAUCAGACCUACAUGAAUUGGUAGAUCCUCGUAUUAGAGACUCAGUUGACUUAGAACAGCUUCAAACAGUUGCAACUAUUGCGGAAUGGUGCACCCAGAAAGAAGGGCGGGCUAGGCCUUCAAUCAAACAGGUCCUUCGGCUUUUAUAUGAAAGCUCAGACGUCAUGCAUAGUGGGUUCGUCCAAGCUAUGGAAGAUGAAGAAUAUGGAGGAAGUGAAGGUAGAGGAAGAGCAAGCAAGGGCAAAAUGCAUAGGAGUGAAUCUGGUUUUCACAGCGGGGAUGGAAGAUACCUUGCUUCUUCUUCAAGUACAUCUAGAUCGCAUUGCAGUAGAAGUUUUCUACUUGAAACUGGCUCUCCACAAUCUCCUUCAAAUGUACCGUCCAUUUGAGGAAAUCAUUUUCUCACUUCAGUCACCUGUCAUUGUAAUUAUUCCCUGGAGCUUCAGAAAAUUCAGGUUUAUACAGCAUCAAAUGACAAGUCGUGUUUUGAGUUGACAGGUAUUUUAUAUAUUACAUCCUGUUGAAGGGAAAA